GGUAGCAGUCGGUCGCAGGCGCGCUCUCGUCCGCCUUUCUGUUUCACUGAGAACCGCUCGGCCGAAGAGCGGGUUGUGUUCUGAUAGUUGAUGUGUUCUUCGCUUUUGAAAUUUGUGUUUCCCCAGUUCCUGAAUUAAGUGUUAGGUCAUGACUCUUCCGAGAUGAAGUAGUGUACAUUAUAGCACAUUUUAGGUUAGAUAAUAAUAACAAAUAUAGAACUAAAUAAAACAAAAAUAAACAGUGAAGUAUAUAUGACAUGAUUACCACCAACACCCGUGCAUAAAGACCAUCGCGUUUUAAAAAUAUACGUAACUUUUUGUCCAGCCACCUCCACCCACCCCUUCGAGAUCUUGGAUUUAACCUUUACGCCGAUUUCACCGAUACCAAAAAUCGCUCCCAAAAAUACCACCACUCCACAAGAGAACCUCCACGACCGAUGACCACGACCAAGAGCAGAGCGAUGUACCCGCACCAUGCAGCUUGUUCUUCGCGACUGUAGGAGAGUACCUUAAGUGAUCACUGAUUGCCGUGCAUGGCAGAGCCGACGGCCGCCCCGCUUAUGUACGACUGGUCUUUCAAGAGCCAUGAAGAGUGUCAGAACUACUACGCCAACGUUACCAUGGACGGCGGGGUUUGGUGCAACGCCACGUGGGACCACAUCCUCUGCUGGCCGCCGUCGCCGCCAGACACGCAGGUGGAGCUGCCGUGUCCUCCGCUCAAGGGGGUAGAUCCGACACAGAUGGCCCACCGGCGAUGCACGGGCGACGGGCAGUGGCAGGGCCGGGUCCUCGACGCCGGCCCCGAGGACCCGACCGAGGGAUGGUCCAACUACACCAUGUGCUUUAUCCCCGAGAUCCGCCAGCUCAUGGAUAAGCUCUACGCCAGUUCCGAAGAGGAUGCCAAGCUGAAGAUGCAGGUGGCCUCAACCGGGCGGGUCAUGGAGACGGUGGGCCUCGCCAUCUCCCUGGCUACGAUCCUCGUCUCGCUCGUCAUCUUCUCCAGCUUCAGGUCCUUACGUAACAACAGGACGCGAAUCCACUGGCACCUGUUCGUCGCCAUGAAGAUCCAGCUGGUCAUCCGCUUGACCUUGUACAUUGACCAGUACAUCAUCAGGUCUCUGCAUAGUGACGACUACACGCCCCGGGGCAUCGAUAACACGCCAGUCCUGUGUGAAAGUUUCUACGUUCUGUUAGAAUAUGCAAGAACGGCCAUGUUCCUGUGGAUGUUUAUCGAAGGCCUCUACCUCCACAACAUGGUCACCAUCACCGUUUUCCAAGAUAAACCAAAUUACAGAGUAUACUACGUCCUCGGGUGGGGCCUCCCAGUGCUCAUGACGGCCGUGUGGGCGGUGGUGACGGCGAUUAAGUAUACGGACACCGAGUGUUGGUGGGGCUACAACCUGAGUCCCUACUUCUGGAUCCUGGAAGGUCCCCGACUCACCGUCAUUGUGACAAACCUGCUGUUCCUCCUCAACAUACUCCGUGUACUUAUCACCAAACUCCAAGCAACAUUGUCUUCAGAAACGCAUCAGAUCAAAAAGGCGGUUCGGGCCGCCAUAGUCCUGCUCCCCCUCCUGGGCAUCACCAACAGCCUGCAGAUGGUUCACUCGCCGCUGGACAGUAAUCUCGUGCAGUUCGCAGUGUGGACGUAUUUCUCCACCUUCCUCACUGCCUUCCAGGGCUUCUUUGUCGCCCUCAUCUACUGCUUCAUGAACAAUGAGGUGCGAGCGGCGCUGAGAAAGUCCUGGGAGGAUUACUAUUCGCAGAGAUGCAUCGAGGACAACCGCCGCCUCUCCUUGGCGUCCUUCCAGAUAUAUAGGGUGCACGGGCCGACGAGCAAGAAGCACAGCCAGGACGACGCCAACGGGAGUGUGGCGCAGGAGAUCCACGUGACGUCCGUUUAGGCCGCCCUGGGCCGCCGACGCAGCUGCGGACGCCUGCGGGGACGCCGCAAGUCACUCUGCCAUGUUAGAUUUUUAGACUUUUUUAAAGUAUGCAGAAGAGAAAAUAGUGACACUCGGAAAAAAAAAUUGAGAGUUCCGUGACUUGGCCGUGUUUUUCCUCAAAGGAUUUCCUGAAGAGAAGAGGGAGACAACAUCUGGAAACCGGGAAGUCUGCGCUCAGCAUGGCUGUGUUAUGAUCAUACUAAGCGUGUGUACAUUUACUCAUGUGUGGUGUGUAUUUGGCUGUGUAGGUGUACGUGUUUGUGAGUGUGUACACACUCACAAACACACACACACACACACACACACACACACACAC